UAAAAGGAUAUCGGCUUGACCAAGUACAGCUCCAGGACAUAGAUUCCUCAGGUUAUCAGCUGGCCGGGCACGUACAUGUAGGCUCGGCAAAACGUACCCAAGCUAAGCUAGCUAGCUACCACAGCAGCUCCCCGGCACGGGUAGCUGCAUGGAGAACCGGCGCCGGCAGGCGACGAGGCGGGCGCGCUGCCUGCUCGCCCUCGCCGCUGACUACCUCAAGUACCUCUUCAUGAAGCGGCGCCGGCUCCUGCACAAGGUGGCGCGGAGAACGCUGGCGCUCAUCCACCGCCACGGCGAGCGCAAGAACCGCCUGGCUGCGUCGUCCUGGUCAUCUCGCGCCCUGAUGGAGUACGAGUUCUCGUGCGGCGACAGCCCAGGCCCGGCGUUCCUCGCGGUGAAGAGGCUGCUGCGGUCACGGCUGAAAGGCGGUGGCGCGGCAGCUGCCGGCGCCGUGUCUUCCUGCUUCGGCUCCUUAUUACGAGCGCCGUGCGGUUCGCCCGAGACGACAGCAGCGGAGACAGAGGCCGCGGAAGAUGAGGAUCAGGUGGAGACGGAGGGCGACGAAGAAGAUCGGGCGGCGGCCGAGGACAGGUGGGUGCAGUGCUGUGAGCUUCUUGACGUGGACGACAGAGCGGAGGAGUUCAUCAACAUGUUCUACGAGCAGCUCAGGGCGCAGAGCUUCGCCGCGGUUUUCCAGUGCUCCCCGUGACGGCGCCUGUGUAAGAUGAGUUUCAGCUCGCAAAGUAUGGCGCGUCCGCGAGCGCGGUGUGUGGUCGGAGUAGCCUUCAUUUGUGAGGGAUUCGUUUGUAUCCGUUCGUCUUGAUGUUUGGAGAGUGAGAGCGUGAGACAAUAUAGGGAGUACGGAGCGUUGUAACUACUUGUCGCUGAGUUUGCAGUCGAGUUUACGUACGUGCGAAUGAUGGUGUAUCGAUCAUCAGGUUGGGUAUAAAUAACUAGCUUGAGUACCCGAGCAAUUGCGCGGCUACUCCUAUA